CGUCCAGCCACUCCAGACCCCCUUGACGUCCAGCAACUCCAGCGCCGCCUCUCUCCCCAUCGACCGGCGCCUCCCUCGUCUUCCAGAUCCGCCCCACCGCCUCGUCCUCCUGUUUCCCUCCCAGCCCAGCGCCUCCCAACCAACGUGCAUUGCUCAAGCAAUACACAGAAAAAGGUCUUACGAAAUCAGGAAGGUGUAGCCCAACGAAGGCCAAGUUUGAGAAGUGACAGUGCCGCAACACAACCCUCUCCAUUGACAGGUCCACUGCGCCCGGAAGUCUUAUACACACAGCCGGCCAUGUGCACACCACAAACAGCCUCCGGCCGCAUCCGGCUGAACGUCGGCGGUCAGGUGUUCGAGACGACGGCCGACACUCUCAGAGGCGCAGGCGAGGGAACCAUGCUCGCCGCCAUGUUGGAACCCUGCUGGAACGCCGGCGCCACCGGGGGCGUGCCCGAGUACUUCAUCGACCGCGACCCGGCCUGCUUUGCCUCGCUCCUCAACAUGCUCCGCACGGGCGAGCUGCAUGUCCCGGCCGGCGUCCCGGAGCGGAUGCUCUUCCAGGAGGCGUCCUACUACGGCCUCCUCGACCGUGCCCGCGCCACUCGCAUCGGUGAGCUCGACCUCAGCAGGACCCGGCUGGCGGCAUCCGUGCCGCCGGGGCGGGCGCCGGUGGACCGCCCGGCCGUCCGCGCAGCGCCAGACGGAGGGUGCUGCGUCACGCAUGGCCCCAUCGUGCGGGUCUACAACUGGAUGCUCGAGGAGCGUCAGCCACAAACAAACGUCUUUGCUAGCUGCAACAACUCGGGCAUAACUCCAGAAAUUGGCUACGGCAUCGGUGUUUGGGACUGCAUCACCGGCGAACAAACAAGCUAUUUCUUUGACCGGAAAUACGUCUACGCUCUGACCGACGCCAGCAAGCUUCAGUGGUUGGCAAGCACCAACGCUCUCAUGGCGGUCAAGGCAUGCUCACCGAAAGAUGCUUUUUCACCGUCUUCCAUCACUCUGGUGGAUUUCCGGGAUAUGAGUGUUGUGUGGUCAUGGUCCGUCGGCAGCCGGAGAUUGGAUGAAAAGCAUGUUGCCGAUGCCGUCGUGAUGGAGGACGAGAGGUCGGUCCGCUUGAUCAGCCAGAACCAUGAUCUCGGGUUCCUCGACAUCCGUUCUCGGGGGUCUUUCCAGCAGCCGUGGACAUAUCAGAGCAAGGCGACGACUCCGAUAUGCUAUCCGAAGCUCGCCGUGCAUGGUGGGCUGCUCUUAGCGUCCAAGGAUGACACCAUCUCGGUAUAUGGCGGCCCAAAUCAUGACCACCUGAGGCUGGCGCUGCGUGGGAGCCAAGGCGGUGGCGCCAUUGCCGACUUCUCGGUUGGGGGCGACCGUCUCUUCGCGGUGCAUCAUGAGGACAACGUGCUGGAUGUGUGGGAGACACUGCCACCUCCCAUCGCCUAAUAUUUAGGCUAUCGUCAUUGAUCUACAUUCGUACCAGUCUACCGGGGCUUGGAUAGUGAGCCGGCUUGAGAUCGUAAUAUAUAUUUGUGAUUUGGUGAUGAAUUGCUGGGUGGUUAGUUGUACGUCUGAGAAGAAGAUGAACUGAGGUAAGAUGAAGUGUUUAAUUUGAGUCGCACCUGCUUAAUUAGUUUUUUUUAGGGGUACCUGCUUAAUUAGAUUAACUGAGGUAAGAUGAAGGUAGACCUCACUUGCCAGCACUCCCCUAUAACUUAUGGGUUCUAGUCAGCACAUUGAGAAUUAAAUUAGGAUUUGAUCACCCGUGAGUGAUGCUAUUUUUGCUUCUAA